GGCUCGUUGAAUUGCUUACCCCAUAUAAGUGUACCAACCUUCAGUGAGCAAUGAUUAUUACCGUUGCUCCAGUUACGGACGCUCGCCCUCAAACGCCCGAAGACUGCGGCAUGUUCAAGUUCCAGCGUAAGAUCCUGCUCAUCUUCGGCUGUUGGCCACCGGAUCGGCUCACACGUCGCUGGUAUGUGAAGGUUCUCAUCGCCGUCAAUCUGAUCACGCUUGCCAUCUGCAUAGUGGGCGAGUUUCGGUACUGCCUGUACGCGUAUCGGAACGGUAGUCUGAUCGAAACGAUCGAAAGCAUUUGCCCAACUGUUGCCAGAUUUUCUGGCUUAUUGCGUAUGUGCUGGUUUCUUAGGAACGAGCAUAAAAUUGAAAGCGCUCUAAACAGUGUCGUCUAUUUAAUUAAGAAUGAACAUCCGCGUGAAACUGGCUACACGAAUCGGAUCACGGCCCGAGAUCAAACGUUAACUAAAGUUCUUUUCCAUUCAAGUUUCAUCACUGCGAUACUGUAUGGCAUCAUACCGUACGUUAUGAUGGCUUACAACUGGUUCCAGGGCCAGUAUCCUCUUGUGAAGCUUUUACCGUUCAAAGUUGUGCUGCCCUAUGACUCGCAAGAUCCUACGCUCUUUAUAUUGACGACAAUUUUCCUGAACUACGCCUCGGCACCUACCGUCACUGCCAUGACGAGCAGUGACACAUUGUUCAGUGGAGUUUGCUUCUACCUUCAAGGCCAGUUUCAAGCGAUCCGGCUGGAGUUGGAAGCACUCGCCGAAACGGUAGACAAGAACACGCUGAAAAGCUCCGCUGCUGAAACGCUUCGCAUCAAUCUCGAGCUGAGGCGCAUCAACAAGCGCCAUCAGACGAUUAUUGACGUCGUGUCGGAAGUACGCCACGCAUUCACCCCAACGAUUCUGAUCGUGCACAUCUGUGCGGCGUUCAUGAUAUGUGUUAUAAGCAUGGCAAUGUUUCUAGCCGAAGGAAUCAACAAGCUCACCUACAUGCCGUACACGUUUACAGUGCUGAUGUUGCUUUUUAUGUACUCGUACAGUGGCACGAUUGUGCGAGAUUCGAGUGAAGCCAUCCAAACAGUGGCCUACGGUUUCCCGUGGUAUCGGUUCGAUCGUAACACCCGACACCUCGUCCAGAUGAUGAUGGUACGGGCGAAGUAUGGAUGCAAUGUGGACGUACCGUUUUUUCAAACGUCGAUGGCUACCUUCUCGGUGAUCGUACGCUCAGCUAUGUCAUACAUCACGUUGAUGAAGUCGUUUUUGUAGGAAAACGUGUCAGCAACAGCAACAAUAAUGAUGACAUUAAGCACAACUGAAAUAUUUAGAAUGCUUAGAAGCUGAAAGGAUACAACUAGCUCAAUAUUUUCAUUGCUUAAUAUACCAAGAACCUGUUAGGUACAAACAUUUAGAUCUGCCCAAUGUUACUAUAACGAAUGUUAACAUUUGAAAUUAUCUCACGUGAUCGCCAAAAAAAAUAAAAAUUCUUCACACACGCAUCUUUAUAGCAUUACUGUUCCCUGCAAUCACACAAGCGUAUGAUGCUCAAAGCUCUAGAUCUAACUUCAGAGCUUAGCUGAAUGUCUA